AUGUCCAAGCCCAAAAACUGGCCCAUCUCACUGCCGUAUCUCAAAGCGCCCCUCCACGGCAAAGACAUCUCCCCAACACAGACCCAAUUCCUCCGCACAAAACCCCUCCACCUCCCAGCCGCGCCGGCAUCCUCGCCAGCCACCGAAACUCCCUGUCCGCACGUCAAAAUCCAGGCCAUCCAGGACCCUCUGCAUCCGGCAUACGGCCAGCACGGGCUAUUUGCCACCCGGAACAUUGCGCCGGGCGGCUUGAUACUGGUGUAUCUCGGGAGAGUGCACGGCCAGGGAACGACGAGCGACGAGAGCGAUUACGACCUGUGGCUUGAUCGGGAGAUGGACGUGGCGACGGAUGCUGCGGGGGAGGGGAACGAAGCCCGGUUUAUGAAUGAUUAUAGGGGGGUUGGGGGCGUGGACAGGGCGAAUGCGCAGUUUGGGAAUGUCUGGUGUGAGAGAUGGGGGGAGGUUUGUGUGGGAGUUUGGGCGUUGGGGGGAGCGAAGAAGAAGAGUAAGAAUAAGAAGAAGGAGAAGGAUGUGAAGAAGAAUGAUGGUAGAGGGAUUCAAAAGGGAGACGAGAUUCUGGUGAGUUAUGGGAGAGGAUUUUGGGAAGACAGGAGGAAGAGCGGCCAUGGUGGUGGUGAUGAUGGCAGGGCAGCUGCUUUAUAA